GUGGCUGACACACCAAGAGUCUAUGGCCGGGCCUCCUUCAACCAUCCCCGCCAAGGGCAUUUCUUCGCCCGCUACCCGGGCCGGACUGCUCCUAAACGAGCUACAAUACUCGCCCGAGCCUGUGCUGGACUCCGUGCUGCAGCUCCUACAAUUUGCCUAUGAGCAGGAUCCUGGGCGACCAGGCACAGGCAGAGAGAACCUCAUCCUCUUCAUCCUUCGGUUGGCUGUCCGCGUUGAGUCUCAUGCAAAGUUGGUGCUCCAACGCGCUCGGGGCGCCACAACCGGAGUCGGUGCUCGGCAGGUUGCACCUCGACAGGAUAAGCUUGAGAUCCUGCAGGAACGCGUGAAGCUGCUGAGCGGGGUCUUGCGCAAUGCGGGUCUCGAAAUGAUGCUCCAGUGGGCCUCCCAGGCGGUAAAGCGGAAACCGCGAAAGCUGGAUACGGCUGCUCGGGUUCAUGCACACAUCGCGUUUCUUUUCAAGAACCACCAGCCAGAGAAUGUGCGGGAUGUUUCACUUUUCAUGGCGUCCCAAGUAUUUGUAAUCAUGAACAGCUUCAAACCAUCUUCAAAGCGCUCAUCGAGCUCCCAUCUGUUGGGGGUUGGUGAGUUUGAGCUGUUCGAUGUCUUUGAGCGCUGGCGAACACCGGUGGCAACAUGGCUGCGCGAGCAUGUCAAGGAAGCUGCGAUAGUGAUGGAGAACGUGGAGCGCGUUGUAACAUGCAAAGGCACGGCGGACAUCACUAUGCCGGAUGCCAAUCGUGUGUGGCGGGAGAUGCCCCAUGAACCUGGCAACUGGGCAUCCAGCCCCAUCCGCACAGAGCACAGCCCAGAUACAGCUGUUCCUGGAGAGACCUAUCGCCAGUGGCUGCUGCGAACCUACCAUAAAACCUCUGAAGGCUCGGGCGCGGAGAUCGUGGUGUCGGUCAACCAGGGCCGCUACCACUGCCGGGAUGCUGGACUGCAACUUCUGCCGGAGCGGGUGCUGCUGGCUCCACACCUGCAAGAGGCCUGGUCUCGGCAAGUCGCUCGUUCAGCUAAGCUUCGCUAG